AUGGAGGACCUACUACUCAAUGGCACCGAGCGCAUCUGCGUUGACGGGGAUGUCAAAUUAAUUCCCACGCCCACCAAUUCUCCAAAUGAUCCAAUGAACUGGAGCACCUGGAGACGGUACUGGCAUUCAUUUUUGGUCCUUGUAUUUGUCGCUCUGACCGCGGCAACCGCCAACGAUGCCGGCAACGCUGGCAACGGCAUGAACGCUGAACUGGGUAUCACGUGGAACCAGAUCAAUACUGCCGCAGGCGUCUUGUUUGUCGGCAUUGGAUAUACCACAUUGCUCCUCGGCCCAGCCCCUUUCUUGUAUGGAAGACGAAUCUCCUAUCUGAUUUGUCUGAUAUUUUCCAUCGUUGGCGCCAUCGGGCUUGCCCGCACCCAAAAUGUUGGAGACAACAUCUGGAGCCAACUUUUCGUGGGCGCCUCUGAAUCCUGCGCGGAGGCACUUGCCCAGCUGUCUCUUUCAGAUCUGUUCUUUCAGCAUCAAAGAGGUCUGGUACUCGGAUUAUAUAUUCUUGCCACGAGUGUCGGUACAUUCAUGGGGCCCAUGAUCUCUAGCUUUAUCACCAACUCUCCCCUGGGAUGGAGAUGGGUAGGCUGGCUUGCUGCCAUCAUAUCCGGGGGCUUGAUCUUCGUCUUUUAUUUCACAUUGGAAGAAACAUUCUUCGAUCGCAACAACCCUAUUCAUGGACAUGAUGCCCCUGCUAGCAAGACUGAGGGCACAUCCAAGGACACCUUAGAUAAAAAAGACAACCCGAUCGCGAGCGUGCAGCCGAUACCCUCCGACAGUGGACUCGACGAAGAAUGCGGGCGAGAAAAAGGAAAGACAUAUUUCCAGCGUAUCGCCCUAAUCACCCCAUCGCCAACCCUGGUCGGGACGGGCUUCAAGCAGUAUUUCCGUCGCCUGUUGCACACACUGCGCGUCUUCACCUUUCCGGCAGUCAUCUACUCGGGUCUUCAAUGGGGCGCCCAAGACGCCUGGCUGACCUUCUACCUCACCGUUGAAGCGGACAAUUGGUAUGGGCCACCAUGGAACUACACCGACGCCGCAGUGGGUAUCAUGAACGUGCCGACGCUGAUUGGGUCGGUCCUCGGCUGCAUUUACGGUGGAUGGUUCUCCGACUUCUUCGUGAUGUGGAUGGCCAAGCGAAACAAUGGCAUCUUCGAGGCUGAGCAGCGUCUCUGGCUCUUGUUGCCUGUUGCGUUUGUCGGUCCUGCUGGUCUCAUGCUAUUCGGGAUCGGCUCGGAUAAAGGCUGGGAUUGGCAUCUGCCGUAUCUUGGUCUGGGAUUCAUUGGUUUCGGCUGGGGUUGUGCGGGCGAUCUUAGCAUGGCAUAUCUCAUGGAUGCGUACCCGGAUAUGGUGCUGGAGGGUAUGGUCGGUGUAUCUGUCAUCAACAACACUAUUGGUUGUAUCUUCACAUUCACCGCUCAGAGUUGGUUGGAUGCGCAGAGCCUCGCGCAGGUCUUCAUUGCGAUUGGCGUCUUGAGCUUCUGUUUCAUUAUGACUACUGUUCCGAUGAUGUACUGGGGCAAGAAGUGUCGGCAGAUGACUCGGAAGCAAUAUGAGGCAUUCCUACUGCUUCGUGAUGGACCUUCUAGUUGA